AAACGGCUUCGCACGGCGCUGAGGACAAACUCGAGCACAGUCUUGUCCUGCGUGCUUGACCAGGCUUGAGCUGACCAUUGUUCCUCGUCGUUUGGUCUCUUGAAAUAGGGACGUUCUCCCUGCCUAGCUACGCUCCCUGUAGGUCCAUCACAAUCCUCUACAUGAGAUGCCUUCGACAGCUCAGAACCAACCUAGUGUGCCGCAUCCCCUGGAGGGCGAGCACGUUCCUCAAGGCGAUGAGUUGGAGCACAUCGCAGGUUUGUUUGAGCAGAUGAUCAAUGAGUCGUCUCACCCUGAUCACCCGGAGAAGCUGCGUCCCUUAGCAGACGGCCAUGGCGCUCUGACGCCCGGAGCUGCUUCGACCCACGCACACGGAAAAUGGUGGAAGAAAUUCUGGCCGGACCAUCUAGAAGAGAGACUAGACAAAUUGUUCAAUCAGCAUCAUAUGGGAAACUACGUUGCUAUUCGAGCCCAGAAUGGCAGACCGCAGACGGAGGUCUUCGAGAGCAUGCCUAUUUACGUUCGAGUUGGCAUGCACUUGCUUUUCUCUAGUAGCCAGGAUAAGUCCUUGCUUAGAUACAAAAGCAUCGAGGAGCUGCUUAAAUCCUCGUCUAUUCGGCAGGGACGGGUUUAUGAUGACAGCUCGAACCCGAAGGCCGUGCUUGAACACAUUCAAUCAUUCAUCGCAACUUAUUCGCUUGACACGUCAGAGCUGCUGAACCCGGAUCCGGCAUCGUAUACCUGCUUCAAUGAGUUCUUCUACCGUAAGCUCAAGCCUGGUGCGAGACCGAUCGCAAAUCAUGAGAACGAUCGGGUCAUUUCAUCGGCUGCGGAUUGCCGAAUGACCGUCUUCAGUAGCGUAGACGAGGCCAAAGAGAUCUGGGUCAAAGGCAAGAAGUUCACCAUUGGAAACCUACUCGAUGAUCAGAAGUUGGCCGACGAGGUGUUUACGCCAGGUAGCGACGUCGUCAUUUUUAGACUCGCCCCUGCCGACUACCAUCGUUGGCACUCGGCCGUUGGCCCCGCUGUGGUUGGUGCCACGAAGCAGCUUGCAGGAGAAUACUACACUGUCAACCCUCAAGCUGUCAACGAAGACUUCAAUGUUUUCACCGCCAACAAGCGCGAUGUGAUGAUCAUGACUUGGAAACCAUCAGGCCUGCAACCCAUUCCAGUAGCCAGCGUUCAUGUCGGUGCGAUGCUUGUCGGCUCCAUCGGUUACGAUGUCGCGCAAGGCACCAACGUGCAGCGCGGCGACUCCAUUGGAUACUUUGCGUAUGGCGGUUCAACGGUCAUUCACAUCUUUCCGCCGCAGGCCAAGAUCAAAUGGGACGACGAUAUUCUGGCAAACAGCCGGAAGAACCUGGAAACUAUGGUUCGCGUCGGGGACCAUAUGGGUGAAGUGCAGAAUUGAGCUUUAUUUCCAUCAAGGUGGUAAGCGCAGAGCAUCGAGCAUCUUCGGUCGACAUUACAUGUAUACCAAACCUCGCUAAAGAUUCAGUCCGGCGGCGGCUCGCGCUGCUUAUUUUGUACGUGCAAAUGCGCUCGGACGCAUAGGGUAAAA